AUUACCAAUUAGUGAUUUUUACUUGAAAAUAAGAAAAAAAUAUUUUAUUUGUAAAAAUAAUUAAAAAUACAAAUAAUAUAAUAUAUUUAUGUUUAGUUACAAAUUCGAACCAAUUAAAAAAUAAAAAUUGAGCUAUAUUAUUAAAUGUAAAUAAUAAAAUAUGUAUAUUAAAUAUUUGGUGUAAUCACUCUACACCAAAUUUGGUGAGAUAAUGUAAUUUUUAGUGUUCUAUUGGAGAUGAACUUACACCAAAUCAGGUGUUUUGGUGUUUCAUUGGAGUAAAAAAUAUACAAUUACUGGAGGGGGCUGGUGGAGAUUACUCUCCCAGGAACGAGUCUCUAGGAGCUGAAAAAAAUGUUGCAGCACGAAGAACAAGGAUGUUGACAACACCUCUAGCUUUCCCUUUUUAUAAAGGUUUUUCAAAUUUAUUUCUUCACGCAACAUUCUCAACACUAAUAAUUUUCCCGAAGUAGCGUCAUCCACGCAACCUUUGAGCUUUGCAAAACCAGAUCCAGGUUCCCUUCGUGUUGAUCUCUCAACUUUAGCUUGCCUGCAAACGUUUUCAAGAACAACAAAGCAUCAACCAGUUUCUGUACACUAAAUUCACCGGAUCUGUUUCAAAUGACCGAGAGCUCACUCGGAGUCGAUGCAUAACUCCUCCAGUUAAACAUUGGUUUAAUCCUACCCCUCUAUAAGCUUUGGAGUAUGACGGGUUUACAUCUUACUAUGGCUAGACGUCUCACCACCGAAAGAAAAAAGGAAAAGGCUUAGCCACAUGAGCGAGUAGAGCCGCAUAUUAAGAGGAUUCGAUCUCCACCGCUGGAUACAUCAGCGUUGAUUGAAGAAAAUUCUCAUACUAUGAUUGGGAGACAGACAAAUCCGAGAGGACAACAGCUUUGUGCUCUCAUUCCAUCUCUACCUAGAAAACGGAACUCACAAGGAAGAGUGAUAGGGUCAGACUUGAGUAACAACUAUUUCUAGUUUAGAUUUAAGAAGGAAAAAGAUCUAUAGCGAGUUCUAGAGAACAUGUCUUACCAUUUUAGGUACUGGAUGGUAAUACUGGAGAGAUGAAAGCGUAUCAUAGCCGACAUGUUCCCUUCCUCCAUCCCUUUUUGGAUCAAGAUUAAAGGUCUACCGCUACAAUUCUGGCAUGAAAAUAUGAUCUGCAGGAUUGGAAAGGAACUAUGAACACUAGAAAAGCAUGAACUGACGAAAACAUCUGCGAGACUAAGGGUCUCGGUCAACAGCCUAAAACUACUGGUUAAAGAAACUAUAAUAGAGUUUGAUUCUGGUGAAGAGUGAAAAGUUACCUUGGUGUAUAAACGCCUGGAGAACCAUUGUUUAAACUUUUUGCUCCUCUCCCAUAAUCGUGAACAUUGCCCUUCACGCGUUUCUUAACAAAGUCCGAUGGUUUAUCCACAUGUGGAGAAAGAAACUGAGCAAGUGAUUCAAGCGACAAAGGAUAACAACUACCAUCAGUCAAGGAAGUAUUCACCUCUACGUGGACCUGACCACAUGGAGAAAGUAAGGAGCAGUAAAAACUGUAAGCAGAGGGUUGAUAGACAUAGUAGAUUCUUUGGGGAAAGAUUAAGUACAAUACACACAUGUAAUCCUCGACUGGUUUAGGAGCGACCCUUAACAAUUUCUACACAGAGAAGAAGGGGUGCAGAGAAGAAGGGUCGGUGAGGAAAAUGAGAAACAACCAUAGUAUAUAUCUCCCCCAUAUACGAAAAGUAGAAGACAUCACCCUUAUGAAUCUUUACAUAGGAGACAUCUGUUCUCUCAUAGAAAUAUGCGAGAAUGGAGGAUGAAGAUAAACUAUGGCACAAACCCAUAGGUCAACUCGUCAAACCUCAUCCCGCAGCAGAACCGAUCUGUGUCAAAUCUAGCACUAGCACAACAUGAAUCGACGGUAACUGAGAGGCAUCACCAAACGAAGGAACAAAUUCUGGAAGAUAUAAAUAAAGCUACGCAGCAAUACCUUAGCUGUGACGAUCCCACAUAAGCUGUAGCAAGGAGACUCAGAGUGCUUGCUAGUGAAACGCGAGGUCAAGUAGAGGAGUAUGUGGAGUCUAUGCUUGCAAUUACCAAUCCUACAGGACUGGUCACCCACCAAAUAACUCAGCAUAAUCAGACCCCACAACAUCAGACAAGGGAUCAAGUUAUGGAAGAUCUAAAUGAUGUUACCCUACAAUAUUUGAGCUGUGCUGAUCCUACUGAGGCAAAAGCUAGACAAUGCAGAGUACUUGAAGGGGAUGCCCAAGGUCAAAUGGAGGAAGUCGCAGCAGGAAUCCUAGCAGCAAACACAUUUGCCCCACUGGCCCCAGACACAUCUUUAGGUGUUGAAACGGUUGACCAAAGGAUCACGAGCCUCUCCUCUCAAAUGGUUUCAAGCCCUCAGGAGAGCCUCCAGCAAACCAGAACGAGGACAAGAUGGAACAACGAGAGGUGUCUGAUAGUGAUGUUCCACCACGAAGAAGAAGAUGACUUCUUAGCUCUCGAACAAUAAAUGUAAGCCCAAAUCUGUUGUUAGGUGCAAGCUCAAGGAAGAGGAAUAUCUCUAAUAAGAAAUUUUCACCUGCUAGAAAGAACUCCACGGAGUAGGCAACUUCAUAAAACCAAGCUGCCAUCGCAGGACCCUCUCAGAAAAGGAGAAACCCGCUUAUCCAACUGAUUCCUGCAACCACGAGGAUGAAAGAAGAUUUUCGGGUUGCUCCACCCCAGGCUCAUUAGUCAUAGCAAGUUGAAAUUGUUGCGGGUUGGAGAAUCCCACAACAGUCCAGCGGCUGAAGGAGAUCAAUAGAAGGAACAAACUUGAUAUUAUCUUCUUAAUGGAAACAAAGAAUCCAGAUGAGAAAACGCUAAAAGACCUACAAUUGAUAAAUCUAGAUAACUAUCAUACGAUGCCACCUAAAACACCAAGAGGAGACGGUCUUUUCUUAUUCUGGAAGAAGCAAAUAGAUCUCAUUGUGGUCUCAUCAAAUAAGAGCUAUAUAGAUAGACACAUAUCAAACAAAAGAAUUUCAUUUCACACCACCUUUGUCUAUGGAAAGCCUGAACAACCAAGAAGUAAUGAGAUGGUGCCCAUAUAGUUCAGGAAGCGCUAGUCCUCUGUAUCACCAACAAACAUAAUGAGAUGUUGAUAUAAAAUCCGACCAGUAAGGAGAUAAAGUAAACAACCUUCGCCAUUCAUCCGGACAAAGCUCCUGGUCCAGAAGAUUUUUCAGCUGCUUUCUUCUCGUCGAAUUGGGAUGUGACCGGCCCGGCCAUCAUCCAAGAGAUUCAUCAGUUAUUCUACGGGAUCCCUGUUAGUUUUCGUAAAUCAUACUUAUGUUAGAAUGAUUCCCAUGAACUUGGACGCAAAAAGAGUAGAGGACCACCGCCCGACAGCCUUAUGCAACAUAUAUUAUAAGAUCAUUUCAAAGUUGUUCUCACUACGACUGAAAAAGGUUCUCAACUAUCUUAUCUCAGAAAAUCAGUCAGCAUUCAUUCUGGGGAGAUCUAUCGGACAACGUCUUGAUUACACAUUAAGUUCUGCAGUACUUAAAGACAUCUAAAGCUACAAAAUAUUGUUAUAUGGCUGUGAAGACAGACAUGUCUAAGGCCUAUAAUAGGAUCGAGUGGAGCUUCGUGGAAGAAAUACUCGAGAGGUUUGCUUUUCACAGCAAAUGGAUUCGAUGGACUAUGGAAUGUUUAACUACAGUCUCCUACUCCUAUUUGAUCAAUGAUCAUGUCUAUGGGCUUGUACAUCCUAGCAGAGAAAUCAGACAGGGUGACCCCUUGUCCCCACAUCUAUUUAUAUUGAAGUUCUAUCCGGCUUAUGCAAGAACGCAGCAAAGGAGUGUACCUUACAGAGAAUUAGAGUUGCAUGAAGAUAUCCAAGAGUAAACCACUUCUUGUUCACCGACGACACGAUGUUCUUCUGCUCUGCAUCAUCAGAAUCCAGCUGGGUGUUGUUGAAAAUCCUCACACAAUAUGAAGCUGCCUCUGGUCAACAGAUAAGCAAGAGGAAAUCAGCUAUCACUUUUUCGAAAAGAACUCCCCCGACGAUGAAAGAAGAAAUUAAAUUAAUUCUUGGAAUUACUAAGGAAGGAGGAGAAGGAAAAUACCUUUGGAGCCCCUGAGCACUUUGGUCGUCGAAAGUGUGAUCUGGUUACAUCCAUUGUAGACAUAAUCCACCAACGAGCUGUUAGCUGGUCCACCAGAAGCCUAUCCAAAUCUGGUAAGAUGACGAUGCUAAAGGCAGUGCUCUCUGCUAUCCCAACCUACACAAUGUCAUAUUUUGAAUUCCCGAUUAGUAUAUAUAAAAGAAUACAAUCUGCCCUCAUAAGAAUCUGGUGGGAUGGUCCAAACAUCAAAAGGAAGAUGAGUUGGGUGGCAUGGGACAGACUAACCAAGUCAAAAGCUGAGGGAGGGCUUGGUUUCAGAGAUAUACAACUUUUUAAUCAAUCUUUGUUGGCAAAAAUUGCUUGGAAAAUUAUUACGGUACCAGAUUGUUUCCUAGCUAGAAUUCUAAAAGGUAAAUACUGCCACAAAUAGAGCUUUCUAGAAGUGGAACUAUCCUCGGUGUGCUCCCACGGAUGGAGGGGGUUACUACAUGGAAGAAACCUCCUAAAGGAAACUUAGGCAAGGGUAUUGGGAAUGGUCUGUCUACGUGAGUGUGGAAGGACUCAUGGAUCUCUCUAGAUGCACAUAAAAAACCGUAUGGACCUCUAUAGAAAGAAGCUUUAGACCUACGUAUGUCUGAUCUGCUUACUGAUGAUCUUAAGUGGAACAAGCAGAGAAUAGAAAAAAUUCUACCUGAGUUUGCUGACCAAAUUCAGUCUGAAACCAAGCUUAAGAGGAGCAGAAGACAAUUAUGUAUGGCAGCCUCUUCCUUCGGGGACCUAUUCAACUCGAUCGGGUUAUAACUCGAUGGCAACCAACAACCAAGAACGUAAUGGAAACAUACCUGAUGGGGAGUUCGAUUGUAUCAAGAACGUCUGGAAAAUCUCAUGCUCUCUCAAGAUGAAAGUCUUUAUCUGGUCGAUCAUCUAAAAUGCGUUGCCUUUGGGGGGAGAACCUACUGAGAAGAGGAAUCCACACAGAAGUUAAUUGUCCAAGAUGUAACGAGACUGAAUCACCUAUGCAUACUUUCUUUUUUUUUUUGUAUGUUUGCAAAGAAGGUCUGGGAGUGCAUCCCUCUAAAAGAAACAAUUCACAUAGUUGUCAUAGAUACUUUUAAAGCAGUGACGAAUCAACUUCGCACAGCGACCUCUCUACCAUCAACUGGAGUCCCAAAUACUAUUCUCCCGUGGGUAUGUUGGUUGAUUUGGAAGGACCGUAAUCUCCUGAUCUUUGAGGGUAAAAGCGCACACCAUGUAGAUCUCGCAUCAGAGGGUUUAGCGUUAGCAAGAGAAUGGAGUGAAGCCAAGGUUUGUACACCUCAAGGACAGAUACAUCACACAAUCUCACAGUUGAACAUGGUUAUGAGAGUACCUCAACCAGGUCUCCAGAUCUUUGUUUGCAAGACAUAUGCUGCAUGGGAUGCGUCUCGCUACAAAGUACGUCUCGCUUGGGUUCUAAGCGGAAUCUUCGAUCCGACAUGGCGAUAUGGAGCAUCAAUCCAGACCUUUGUAAACUAUCCACUGAUCGUCGAGGCUCUAGCAAUAAGGGAGAGACUUUUUAUGGCUGCAAAUCAAGGGAUCUCGAAUCUCUGGAUGUGCUCCGACAAUCUAACACUCAUCAGAGCUAUUAACAACAAAACAUAUAGGAAGGAUUUGCUGGGAAUCAUCAAGGAUAUUCACGAUCUAUCUUCUGUAUUUGUUUCUAUCGCGUUUUUUCAUAUCGCUAGAGAGGAAAACGAAAAGGCAGAUGCUUUAGCAAAAACCGUUCUCAGAAACUCUAUUCUGUAGUGGACUCUUUUUGGGCUGAACCGCGUUUGGACAUUUUUUUAAUCAAGUAUUUCAGUGACAAAAAAAAAAGUGUUUCAUUAGAGUUGGCCUUAGCAAGAGAAACUUUGAAUAAUAAAGGUUUUUCUUGUAAAUGCACCUUUCAUGUUUUUUUAGCAUAAUAUGAAAAUAUGAUUAGCUCAAUUAGUUUCAUCUAAAAGCUAAUUUUCAUUACUAUCAAAAAGUUAAUUGUAAUUUUUUAUAUUUUUAAUUAUUAAACUGUUCGAUCAGCUGUACGCAUCUUAGCAAUUCUACAUCAACUAGUUAAUCGAAUUAUCAAUGAAAUACAUUGAAUAUAAAUCUUAAUCACAUUAAUAAAUUUAAUAUAGUAAUAUACUGAGGUUGGACUGGGUAGUCAACUAAUUACAUAAAACGUGUUUAAAUCACAAAGAUACUGUCUUUUGUAAAUGAGGUAUAUAUAUUUUGAGCUUUUAAUAUAAAAAUUACGUACAACAUUAUAUAUAUUUUACCUUAAAAAUCCCAACAACCCACUUUAAUUCUUCUUUUUCCCACUAACUAAAAGAACCAUAAAAAGAAGUAAACACAAGUAUUCCUCCCAAAUUGCAUUAGACAAAUGUUGUGUUAAUUACAUGCAUGUUUUGAACUUUGCAUAUUGGUAUUCACGAACUAUUUAUACUACAAUUAUUAUGAAUAUUUUGAAGUUUUCAAAAAAUACUAUCUCAAGGGGCUAUAAGGGGACCAAUAUUAAAUCCAAAUUGUUGCCCGCAUAUCGCUCGAGGAUUGGUCUAUUUCAAGCAAUAUCUUGCUUGCCCACAUUAGAUAUGUUUGCAUGUGAAAAUCUAUCAUCAAACAUUCUUAAAAGAAUGUUUAGGCACUCAUAGACAUCAAGGUUAAUAAUUUUCACGAGUAAACUAUUUAAAUAAUUCUAUACGGUUUUAGACAGUUUUAGACGACUUUAAACGGUCAUACAAAACUGUUAACCAAUUUUCAGUGUAGGUCUUUAAAUUUCUAACUAUAUAUAUAAUUACAUUUAUUAUUUUUAGUUGCAUAGCAUAUGGUUAUAAUUUUUAUAUAUUGUUUAAUUUUUUUUUUUUGCAACUGGUUUUGUUUAAUAUUAACUGAAUGAAUGUUUUCUCUAAUUCUUAUUGUGGUUUAGCAUUCUUGAUUUUCCAGAUGUAUGUUCUUUGUUUUUUUUUCGCAUAUAUAUAUUUUGUCUUUAGGUUUGACAUUUCUAAAGUUUCUUUUGAUUUUUUUUGUGUAGCUUUAGUUAUAAAAUAUUAUAUUUUAUUACUGUGAACAACAGUAACAUGGGCUAUAAUAUAAAAUAUAUUUAGUACAUAUUUAGUUUAGAGAAUUUUUUUUUAGAUUGUCAUUUUUAGUUUAUUUUCACAAAAAUAGACUUUGAAGUAAGAAAAUGACAAAAAUAAAUUUUAUUGAAGAGUAAAUAUACAUUUAUGCCUUUGAGGUUAACUAAUCUAAGAUUUAGGGUUUAGAGUUAAGGGUUGGGUUUUGGGGAUGAAUUCAAAUAUUUAAAAAUUAAAAAUUAAAAUUAAAAUUAAAAUUUUCAAAAUAAAAACGUGAUAUUUUGGUCAUUUUAUUUUUUUAAACUAUUUUUGUGACAAAAAACUUAAAAAUGAUUACUCUUUAAUUUUUUGCUAUCUAGAUUUUGACUAAGCUUUCUAAACACUAAACCGCUGCGCCUAACCCUUUUUCAACACCGAUUAUAACUUGGAAAAGUAUGUUCUCAUUACAACUCGAUUGAAGUUUUGUAAUGAACAAAUACCUGUAGUCGGCUUAAUUCCACUGGUAAAACUAGAAAUCGUUUUCCAAAGCCAUUAAUCUAGUAUAACAACAAAACUAUUUAGUUAGCUAUUCCAGGCUUGUCACUGGUAAGUUUUAAUGCAAUGUGAUUACUAUAUAAGCUAACCAAUUAGUGAUCGGUCUUAACUUGAAUGAUUAUCGUAAAAAUGAUUAGUAAGUGAUGUUUUAGUAUUUGGUUCGAUCACGGUGUUAAUAGACUCCUAAAAUCAAAAUAAUGUGUUUCUCUCUCGACUAUUGUGAAAGCACACUAUCUUCCACUAGCUAGUCUUGCUUUAUUUCAUAAUAUACAUGUCUCAACUAUAUAACGGAUCUUAUUGAAUCUCUUUUUGGUCAAAAUUCGAAAAGAAACCUCAUGGCAAAAAGGACUUUAUUUUAUUCUCUACCUCAAUAUAUAUAUACACAUCUUUGUUACUUCGUAUAUGAGUAUUAAUUAGUAAUUUAGUUUAAACCACGUGGUAAAAGAAAUUUGUUCUUAACCCCACCAUGCAUAUCUUGUUUGGCCGAUAAAAGAAUUCACAAAAAUAACCAACGAGGAUAACAAGAGUGAUUAUUUAUGUUUAAUUUAGGUUACGUCUCAAACUCUUCAUUACAAACUAGCUAGGGCUUUGCUUGACCAAGUCCUCCGUUCGAUUCCUACCAAAAGCAGAGAGGAAACUAUAGGUCAAAUGUCCAACUUGUUCCUCGAUUACUAGGAAGAAGAUAACCAGGAUUUGCUGCAUCUUCCAUCUUUGAAUGGAUCUUCUCUAGCAUUUUAUAUUGUUAGCUGUACGACAUCUAUAAAUAAGUAUAUACGUAACCUAAAAUCACAGCAAUCAUCCAACGAGUAGAAAACACACCAAAGUAUACUUAAAAGCCUCGGUCAAUAGCAACACUAUAACAUACUUUAGUUUGCCACCGACCGAUCUCAUGUCUAACACAAAAUCCCAAAAACUCACUCUUAAUCGUGUAGCAUUAAGAAUAUUGAACACUCGUCUUUCGUUUUCUAAGCACAAUUACAAAGAAGACCUUAGUUAAAAGCUUUUCAAUAGUCGCCGUACCACCACUAUCUUCACACUUGUUUUAUAAAUGAGCCCCCUAGAAUUUCUUUGAUCUAAUAUUCACUUAGAUUUGUUUUCCCUAUAUACGCUUAGACCUUUUACCAUUAUCCAAUGUAUAAUGCUAUCUUUCUCUAAACUAGAGUAUCUCUAUGAGAGAGAUUAGAGAUGAAAUUUAUUCCAAUAUAUUCUCCUAUAGCAGCAAUAUUCUAAAUAUACAGUAAAAAUAAAAAUUGUUAUUUCCUCUUUUAAAUAUAGAGAAAAUACCAAUUUCUAUUUUUUUAAGAAAUAGCAAUAUAUUAAAAGAAAUUGCCAUUAUAUACUAUUAUAAAGCAAAAAUAAUAAUGAGUUGGAGUUGCUCUUACCUCUAAUUUUUGGCUUAUAUGAGCCGUAAUUUAAAAGACACGUAGUCAGAUGUGAAAAUUAUAAUGUGCAUUCAAUGAAAAUUGUUGUAUAGUUUGAGAUUUUGACAGGUGUGGUAAAAAAAUUAGAUAGCAGUGAUAUCUGGUUCUUUUAGAAAUUUGGGGAUAUACAUGAGUUUUGACGGCACGAUUCUGAAAAGAAAACACAGCAAAAUAAAAAGCUUAUCAUGCACGGGAAAAAAAAGUAAUUUAUCACAAGUUCGAAACAAAUGCAGAUAAUCAAGACAUGUUUUGUUAUAUGAUACUCGCACUCAUUUUCUACAAUUCGAAGUCAAAAGUGUCGUCUAGAGUUAAAACUAUUUCAUGCCAACGAAUGACUGGUUAAGGGUUGCUUUAUGCUAAAAAAAAUAAAUAUGUAGGUUAUUCCCGUCAUGAUUAAUAUCAACGAAAAAAUUAAGAAAAAGGCAAAGAUAAAGCUUAAGAAUUUGGGUGUACAUGAUAUAGCUAAUGAAUAUUGGAGCACUACUUUCUCUUUGUUUAGUGUAAUGAUCAUAGCUUCUAACAUCGUGUAAUCAAUGAAGCGAAGAAGGGUAUACUUAAGGUGGUGAGAGUCCAAAUCAUUGGGGAAUAAUAUUCUCAUAGGACCCAUGAAGCGAAACAAACCCCCAAAUAUAAACAUAAAUUAAUUGAGGCUACUCCAUUUGCAAGGAAAGUAUAUACUUUUAGAGAAAGAUUGAUGAAGGAAUAAUGCAAAUGAAGUUUUCUUUAAUACUGAUAUGGAGCUAAAGUGGCAAGGUUUUAGAGUUCUAAUGAUGUGGUUUGCAUUUUGCCUUACAUAUAUCCAACAAUAGUUGGAAUAUAAAGAUGACCAUAUCAUUGCAAAUGCAUCUUAACGUACUGUGUGUUUAUAAUAUUAGCUAUACUAGAAACUUCAUCAAAAAACUGCAAUGUAUACUAACUCUAGCUAAGAUCAAUCACUCUAUAUACACUCGUUAGAAUAAGAAACAAUGGGUUGUCAUAAUCGAUUUCUAUUUACUGUGAUUUUGACUAUUGUUGUUAAUAUUUGGUAUUUGGACGGAGUUAAUUUUGAUAUUUUCAUGAUACCACAAAUAAGAUACAUAUUUCUUCAAAACACGGUGUUUCAAGGAAAAACCAACAUUUAACCAAAUUUGAAAAUUAAGAUUGAAACAUCGAACACUGCAACGAUAUUUUAGAUAACAGACGAUUAAAAUUAUAAUCAGGAAAAAAGAGUUUGAAAGUAUGGAACACAUUUAAGUUAGCUAGCAUAAUGAUUAGACCGAUAAUACCAAAUUAAAACACGGAUUAUUUAUUGUUUUUAGUUGGAUUGGGCGAAGAAAUUGACAACAAGAAAGAGAUUUUCUUCUUUUCAUUUUUUUCUUAUUUGAAAUUGGUGAAAAUGAAAGCACAUAGGUUUACAUUCCAUUUAUACGGUUCUAGUAAGAAAUUGUAUCGCAUGACCGAAUAAAAUGCGCACCUUUCAUGCAAUAUUAUUACUCUUUUUUUAAUACUGGUUAAUUAUGCUAUUAUAAACUAUGAGAAAUAUUACAUACUUAUUUCUGUAUAUAUUCAAACCCAAAAUAAAAUAAAAUAUAUAUAUAUAUAUAUAUAUAUAUAUAUACUUUACAAAAAAAUCUAGAACGUGAAUGUACUGUAUAUGUUUUGGAAACUAGAAAAUAAAAUGUAACUUGUCUUUUUUGGGUAAAGUAACUUGUGUUUUUCGUCAAAGAAUUGUAAUUUGUCUUAAGUACUCAGUUAGCUAGAUAAUGAUAAGCUUCCCUCUCCUCGGAAUGUAAAUGAAUGAUGAAUCGUGAGGAUUUCCUACUUAAUGGUUGCAGGCAAGACAAUCCAUCUUCAAGAUUAAAAUAAAAUGAGAAACCAUCGUUAAUACUCACAAAUUCGUUUAUGCGAGACAAGAAUGUAAAACUAAAUCAGCAUGGAAAGAUGUAUCUUUACACUACGUGAAAUAAUCUGCUUUUCUAAAAAAAUAUGUUGACAAUGUUACUCCUUUGAAACUACAGUAUACUGCCAUGGCUCAUAUUAAUUCUUCCAAUUUGGAAUAGAAUGCAUAAAUCACUGUCUCGCAAGCAGUAAGGGUGCUUAAAGUCGCUGGUUUAGUAGCCGGAACAUCGUGAAAAAAUACUAUACGUAUAAAUUUGGAGAUUAAUAUGUCUUGUUCAAAAUAAUAAAGUUAUUCAGAAAGAGAUUAGGUAUAUGAGAUUGCAUAAAUAUGAAAUGAGACGAAAAAAACGCCUGUUAAUUUUAUAUGAAAAGGGCAUUUUGGUGUUGAUCGGAUCUAAAGCCUAAAGGAGAGAGGAGUUAUCAUUAAAGUAUUAAAGGAGAAGGGGAAAAAAGUAAAGAAAAAAGGUUAAAUCGAAGGGAUAAACAAAAGGCAAAAAUAAAGUGUGUGAAUUAUUUUCUUUGCCUUUUUCUUUCAAAUGUUAAUGCUUUUCUUCUUUUGCAUGGAAAGAAAUUAUUCAUCAUUACUCUCUCUUUCUUCUCUAAUCCCGAUGAAGCAUGAAUCUUUGAUCGAUUAACCUUUUCUUUGAAUUGAGUCUACAACUGAACCCACCGGAUCGAAAAGAAGGUUUGGAUGAGAAACUCCAAAGCAUAGAAAAUAUUUAAAUGGAGCAUUUUUUUUUUUUUGUCAACAAAUGGAGCAUUUAAAAGUAAAACUAUACGAGCAAGAAAGAACAUAUUCUUCAUGACCUUUUAAGUUUGAUAAAUAAACGAUUUUCCAGUGUUAAUGUACAAACAAUAUCAUGUUAAUAUGAAAUUCUUUGGAUAAAAUCAAAAUAACAUGUUCUUCAUGCCCUUUUAAGUUUGAUAAACAAACGGUAUUUGCCAACCCCAUAACGAAUGAUAUUCUACUUUCCUCUAUUAACCAAAAACUAUUACUUGCCUAUAAGGCAAAAGAGGAGUUCUGGCGACAGCAUAGUAGACAGAUGUGGCUAGCGGUUGGAGACAAGAAUACGAGCUACUUCUAUGCAUCUACAAAGAGUAGACGAGCAAAGAAUCGAGUGUCAGUAAUUGAGAACUCAGAGGGUAAUCCAGUAUACGAGAAAGGGAAGAUAGUUAAGGUUAUCUCAGAUUAUUUUCUUAACAUCUUUACCUCUACGUCUCCACAGAGCUUAGAUGUGGUGGAAAAGACACUUGCUCUGCAUAUCCAGUGAGCUUAAUGAUAGACUUACGGCCACUCCGAGCGACGAAGAAGUGAAAGACGCAAUGUUUUCAAUACAUUCCGACAAAGCCCCAAGCCCUGAUGGCUUUUCGGCGAGCUUCUUCCAGACCAACUGGGACACUUUAGGCCCUGCAAUAUCCAGAGAAAUCAGGUCUUUCUUCUCUACGGAAACUCUGCCUAAUACGAUAAAAAGAUCCAUGUCAGACUCAUUCCGAAGAUAGGGAGUCCUAUGAAGGUUUUAGAUUAUAGGCCGAUUGCCCUAUGUAAUGUUUACUACAAAACGAUCUCAAGACUCCUAUCUCUAAGGCUUAAACCAAUGCUAUAGGAGAUCAUUUCGGAAUUUCAAUCAGCUUUUGUUCCUCAGAGGGCAAUUUCGGACAACAUACUUAUUACAUACGAAGUUCUACAUUACCUCAAAAACUCAGAGGCGGAGAAACACUGCUUCAUGGCUGUCAAGCGGUCAUAAGCCUUAGUCCUUCAUUCGGCGAGUUUUUGAGAGACUGAGCUUUGAUGAUCGCUGGACCAACUGGGUGAUUGAGUGUAUCUCGACAGUCUCCUAUUCCUUUAUGUAGGACAACGAGGUGGUGGGGAGUGUGAUUCCGGAAAGGGGUAUCAGACAAGGGGACCCCCUCUAGCCCAAGACUAAAUCACCUACUCUUCGCUGAUGAUACUAUGUUCUUUACCAAGACUAAUGAUCAAUGUUGCUCUAUACUCUUACAAAUCCUAAGUUAGUAUGAACUAGCUUCGGGACAAAAGAUAAAUACAGAGAAAUCCUCUAUAUCUUUCUCAGCUAGAACUCUUCCUAUGGUGCGAGCUAGAGUCAAACUACAGUUAGGUAUUGAGAAAAAGGGGGGGGGGGGUUGGGAAGUACAUGGGCAUGCCUGAGCAUUUCAUUAGGAAGAAGAAAGAUCUUUUUGCUUCUAUAGUGGAUCGCAUUAGACAAAAGGCUCUGAGUUGGUCGUCUAAAUAUCUCUUUACUGCUGGGAAAAUAACUAUGCUACAAUCCGUUCUCUCCCCUAUCACUCAUGUGCUAUGUCCUGCUUCCAACUGCCAGUGGGCCUCUGCAAUCAAAUUCAAUUAGUUUGACUAGAUGUUGGUGGGAUAAUAGUAAUGGAGACAGAAAGAUCUGCUGGGUAGCAUGGGAUAAAUUAACUACCCCAAAGAACUUGGGAGGCUUAGGAUUUAGAGAUGUCCUGGCUAAGAUUGCUUGGAGAAUCCUAACAAAACCUCACUGCCUUCUCGCUCGCAUACUACUAGGAAAACAUUGCCACAGCCAAUCAUUUCUAAUGAUAACAUCUACUACUGACUCUUCACACGGGUGGAAGGAUAUCAUAUGGGGAAGAGACUUAUUGCUUAACCAUCUGAGUAAAUUUAUUGGUGAUGGAAAUUCUACUAGUGUUUGGAGAGAUACUUGGAUCAGUCCAAGAGACAAUCUGCGCCCUUUUGGACCCUCUACACUACAAGAUCAGGAUAUACUGGUAGCAGAUUUACUAUCACCGGAAACUAAAGAGUGGAACCUGACAAAACUCAACAUGUUGUUCCCUGAUCUAACACACAUUAUCCGACAAAUUAUACCAAGCAAGUUAGGGGCAGGAGAUGCUUACAUAUGGCCUCUGCAAAAGUCGGGAAUCUACUCCACAAAGGCAGAUUAUGCCUCGCAGGUCUUGGCUGCUGCUAGUUUUUCACCAGUCACAAAUGUAGCCACGUCAAUUGAGUGGAAGAAACUUGUCUGGACCCCUCGAUCACCAAAGUUAAAGUUUUUCCUCUGGAUAAUUCUUCACAUCGCUCUACCAACAGGAGAGAACCUCCAACGUAGAGGUAUGAGGGCAAACACGGUUUGUUGUCGUUGUGGAGCAGUGGAAACAACAACACAUCUAUUCUUCCAUUGACAAACCUCCGAAGAGGUAUGGGAGAGUAUCCCGUGGAGCUCUAGCUUUGACUCCUCCCUCGCUACGUCUUUGGCUGAUGAACUCUCCCUCUCACUUCGAAGGAUCAAUCUCCCUCCUAUCAGAAUCACGAUCAAUAUCUUGCCCUGGGUGUGUUGGGCUAUCUGGGUAAGCCGAAAUCGUCUUCUAAUUGAGAAUAGGGUCUCGACACCUUCUGACAUCAUCUGCAAGGCACUACAGGUGGCACAAGAAUGGGAGCUGGCUCAACCAAUUGCUACCAAUCAACAGGCUCCUUUUGCGACAAGGCCCCCAACUACAGAUCCAUCCAUCAACUUAGCCUCCGAUCUGGUCCUCUGCAACACAGAAGGGGCUUGGAAAGCCGAUUCCUUACAGGCAGGGAUGUGAUGGGUUUUCUUUGACGCUUCUUCAAACGAAAUCAAUAAAGGAAGGGGCUCUCGAGCCUUCGUCACAUCGGCGUGCAUGGUGGAGGGGAUCGCGAUUCGUGAUGCCCUCUUCCACGCCUCUUCCAUGGGUUUCACCUCAAUCUGGCUUCGAUCAGAUGCUCAAGCGCUAAUCAAAGCGAUCUUAAUGAAACGGGACCGACAUAACUCUAUGGCAUCUUGUCGGACAUCGAUUCACUUUCUUCAUCUUUCGCCCUUUACCGUUUUGGUUUCCUUCCUAGGUCCCAAAACGAGCUUGCUGACUCUAUUGCAAAAACCCACUUUGUAUUGGGCUGAGCCCUUGUGUAAGACUCUUCUAAAUUAAUGAAUUUUAGUUGCGCAAAAAAAAAAAAAAACGAUAUUCUUAGUUUCAAAAAAACAAACAAACGAUAUUUCAAUGUUAAUCAGUGAAAAGUAUACAAAACUAUCAUGUUAAUAUGAAAUUUUUAUAGGAUAAAAUCAAAAUAAAUUUAAAAUGGUACAAUCAUAAUGCGAACAAUGAAUUUGACACCCAAGACAAGCUGACUCAACUGGAAAGGAUCCAAAGCAUUUGUGCCAGAAGUACCUAGUUCGAGUAUAUUUGAUGACACGGGGAAGAGAUUAAACAAAUGGAUUUUGUCCUUGGAUUCAGGAAGAUUAGUUGGGUCUAAAGUCCAGACAACUUGGUAUACAAAAAUAAAACCUAUGAAUUUGACUAAAAUGUUUUUUUUUUAGAUUUAAGUUUUGAUGCAGAACUAUGUAGUUCUUACAAACAUCAAUCGGCAUAUAACCAUGCACACCAACAAACUACAAGAAUAUAGUGUUGAUCGAUCAAUACAUUUUUAAUAAUUCUUCCAAACAUCAAUCGACAUAAGCAUGCACACCAAACAAAUUACAAGAAUAUAAUUAAAAAUUCCUGAGCUUUGUCAGAAUUCAUGCAGUGGCUUUUACAGUUGAUUUGAUGUGCGAAAGCUUACCUAGAGACAGUUGAAUUAAACAUGCUCGUGUAUAGAUAGAUACAUGACGCUUCUAAUCUCAGACAGUGAUAGAUUCGAGGGAUGGAGAAAUCACCGUUUGUUUGUGUCUUUGCUCUUAGAUUCUUGUUUGUCUAAAUGAAUGAAAUUGUAUAGAUAAUUUUAACCAAACUAAGACAAAAGUGUAUUAGUGUAGCUGAAAUCUACUCAAAGUCUCAACUUCAGUUAAGAUAAUGAAUACUGGUGUUUAAUUAGUAUUUAAACAAAAGUGUUUAAGAAAUUGAUCUGCUCAUUAAUUAAUUGCGUACAUAAAUUGUUUUUAUGGCAUACUACUGUACAUAAAACAUUGACAUAUUAUUCCUUUUAAACUAAACUGCAGGGUGUAAUUUAAUUUGAUUGAAAAAAAUUAUUUGAUUGAGAUUAUUUUCACUAAUAUUCAUGAUGCUUCCAAUUUAUUCAAAUAUCUUAGAAGCUCUGAUUCAUAUGUUCAGGUAACUUUAUCCAUCCCAAAAAUAAUCGUAUGAGUAUUCAGAUGCUAGCUAAAGUGUGUAAAUGAUUGACGUGACUCAGAAAAGCAUGCCCUACGUAAAUAGUGAAUGUAUAGAUAGAAACAUUCCAAAGACCACAUACAAUAUAUAUAUACAAGCAGGCAUUAUGUACGGGUUUUUUGUUCAAAAAAUAUAUGUACGUUUUUAUUUGAAAGUUGUAUUUAUAUGUUUGUUGGUGAAUAGACAAGAUAUAUCCGACAUGAUCAAAUAAAUAAAGCAUACGAAAAACAAAAUAAAAGUAUUCAAAAAAUGAAAUUUCGAGCACAACAGAGUUGAUCUAUUUCUUCUAUGUUCCCCGCGUAAUUAAAUGUUUAAAAGUAUUAUUUUCAGUUUGAUGCUUAAAUUAUUUGUACGAACAUGUAUUUUCUCUGUAGUGACACUAAUCUCCAUCAAAAGAAAACACUAGAUAUAUUUUACUCAGAAAAAAAAGAAGAAAACACUAGAUAUAUAUCUUCAAAAUUAAUACUGUACCUGUUUUGAUCACUUCGACCUUUUUAGCUCAACCUAUUUUAUUUCUUGGAACCUAAUAAUUUUGCUAAUCCUGAACAAAGAAAAACGUUUUGUCCCAAACGCGAGGGUUUCUGAUACUUUUGAGGUAUUUUUUCAGUUAAAGACUGAUACAUAAAUAUCUUUAAAACAACAAUUUGAGGUAAACAAAUUGAAGUGUAAAGACAAGAUAACGGCUAAAUAGGCAUGAAUCUAAUUUGGUUACUAGGUUCUGGUAGAAAAAAACAUCUGGCUGUAACUUUGAGGCAAGAAAAAAAAAAGACUUUACAUGCCAUUUUAUUAAGUGUAAAAAGUGACCAUUGUAUUGUGUACAUUCCACUGUUGCGGUCAAAAAAGUUUCUACUCAUCAUCUUUUGCUUCAUUGGUUUUAUAAAGGAAUAAAAAUAACGUUUAUCCUUUUAUUUCUUUAUAAAUAAUUGUAUUUUGCAUCGUAUGAAGAAAAGUCUUGAUACGUAUCUUCGCUUUUGGUUUCUUUUGAAGUGUAGAAGCCAACGAGCACAAUCGUAGACUAUAGGCACUAGCACUAAUUAACAUAUGUAGUCUUAAUAUGUCUGUGAGCUCAAAUUCACACGAGAAGGAGAUUGUAUGAUUGUCUCAAAAUUAAGAAAAGAUUGUAUGAGUUUAUUGGAUUAUUAAAGCGUAAAUUGCAUAUAUGUGUUUCUCUUAAGCAUGUUUUUAUAUUUUUUCUUCUCAGAGCAAAUCAAAAUAGUUAUGAAAACUUCAAACGCACAUUAGUUAAUGAUUAUGUAUAUUUUGGCUAUUAAAAAGCAAAAUCUAUUUUUAGUAGCAGUAAAAUUAUAAGUAUUUUUUGUUAUCCACGAAUUCAGAUUUUUUUAUGUGUACAGACGUAAAUUUGGACAGAGCUACUAAUUCUUCUAGGAUGAAUUUAAAUUUAAUAUAAGAUCGAUACCACUUUUCAAAUUUACAAGAUAAUUAUUUUUACAAAUACUUUAAAUUUAUUAUAAAAUUAAAUUAACUCAUCUAAACUAUUUAAAAAUGUUUAAGAACAAUUUAUAAGACAUAUAUAGAAGUUCAUAAACCCAACUUCAUCUCUUAAAUACUAAACCGUAAACAUGUAGGUUUAGAGUUCAGUCAUUAUUGUUUAGGGUUUAGUAUUUAGAAAUGUAGUUAAGUUUAUAAAAUUAUAUAAAUAAUUCUUAAACAUUUAUAAAUUAUAUAGGAGGGUCAAUUUUUUUUCCAUAAUAAACUUAAGAUCAUUAUAAAAAUAGUUAUCAUUUAAAGGUAAAUUUGAAAAUUAGUAUAAAAUUUGAGGUAAAUUUAGAAUUCUCCCCAAGAAAAGUCAUAACCAAUAUUAGUACAUAAUAGCUCCAAAUAAUAAUUUAGGUAAAUCAGAUAAUAUAAUUAAAUAAUAAUAUAUUUAAAAUAAUUAUUUUUAUAAAAAUAUAGGGAAGAAAAAUGUAUUUACGAUACUAUUUUCCGUUUUUAUAAAACUCAGGCAAACGAAAUAUAAAAUAGUGAAUUUUAUGGAAUUUCUCUUUUUGAUCAUUAAACUCAAAAUUCGAAAAAUUAAAAAAUUGAUGGAAAACCACAAUAUAAUCAAAGAUUUAUACAUAGUGAAAAAGGAAUGAAAAUAUAUUUAUAAUAUUAUUUUCCAGAUUUCAAUUACUCAUGUGAAUAUGAUAUAUAAAAAAUAGUGAAUUUAGUUGAAAGUUUAUUUUUUUGUCAUCAACUCAAAAAAUUUGAAAAUAUAAAAAACAUUGAUGUAAAAAACACAGUAGAAAAUAAUACAUAGUCAAAUAUAGAUUUUAAAAUUGUUAUAAAAAAGAUAACAAUAUGAACCAAAAAAACCAAUAAAGUUUCGUAAAAAUAUAUGAUACAACCCAAAUACAUAAUAUAACAAAUUUCAUAAAUUUUCAGAUAUGUAAGGAAAUUCAUAUGAAUAAAAAAUAAGAUAAUUCAUUUACGAUAUUAUUUUAUACUACCUCCGUUUCAGAAGAUAGAUUCUCAGUGUUUUCACACAUAUUACGAAAACACAUUAAAUUACUAUAAUAAAGAAAUCACAUAAAAACUCUUAAAAUGUCACUUACUCACACUUUAAACUUUGAAGUUUUUUUUACAAAUACUUUUAACCUUCAAAGUGAUAUUUGUAUCACAAAAAAUCUCCAAAGUAAAAAAGUUGACCGGUGUACAAGUUAAAAAUGAUGUGUCAAAUUUUUUUAAAAAAUUAUGAAAAUUAAAUAAAAAAUGGAAAAUUUAAUAAAAACUCAUAAAAUUAAAUAAACAUUCAAAUGUUUUAAAACAAUCUUCAGAAAAUUAAAUCAAUAUUUAGAAAAUUAAAAACUAAAACUAAAAAUUCAAAAAAUAAAUAAAAUUAAACUAAAAUACAGAAAAACUAAAUAAAAAUUCAUAUAUUUAAAUUUUUAAAAAAAUUCAAAAAUCAAAAUAUUUUUAUUAUAAAUUACAAGAUUUAUUAAAAAAUAUCAUAUCAUCGUUUACAAUAAUAAUUUCAAAUAUAUCACUUUUGACAAUGAUGAUUUUUCACUUAACCAUUUACAAUGACGGUUUUUGGCAUAUUUCCAAUGAUAUUUUCCGACAUCAUUGUUAAAAAUGGCAAAAAACUAUUUUUUAACUUUUGAAUUUUCAAAUUUUUGAAUGAAAUUUAUGAUUUUUUAGUUUUUCUGUAUUUUAAUUUGGUCUUACUUAUUUUUUGAUUUUUUAGUUUUUUUUUUUAAUUUUCUAAAUAUUUCUUUAGUUUUCUGAACUUUUUUUUUCAAAAAAAAACUGGAUAUUUAUUUUUUAUUUUUAAAAUUUCUGAAUUUUAUUUAAUCUUUUGCUUAUUUUAUUAAUUUUUAUAUAAAAAGACUGAGACAACAUCUUUUUACCUGUACUACUGGUCAUAUUUUUACUUUAGAGGUUUUUUGUGAUACAAAUAUUACUUUGAAAGUUAAAAGUAUUAGUGAAAAAAAUUCAAGGUUUAAAGUGCUAGUAUGUGAUACUUUGAAGGUUUUUAUGCGAUUUUCCCUAUAAUAAAUGUAUAGCUUUCUGUAAUUCUCAAUUUCUUAUAAUUUUUAGCCAAUAGUAAUUCAGUAAAAUUAAUAAAUUUUCUUGAAGAUCAAAUUUUUUUCUUAAAAAUACAAAAAGUCUAUCUUUGUGAAACAAAUUUUCUUUUCUAAAAUAUCUAACUUAAUGAAACAGAGGAAGUACAUUUUAUCAAAAAGGAUCAAAGAAAAAAACAGUAAACUGACUUUUUUCCUUUAAAACGUAUACCCAAGCUAUCUGAAAUUAACAAGAUAUUGAUGCAAAAUCACAAACAAAAACUAAUAUAAAAUCGAAACCAAAUUAUUAAAAAUAUAGUUAGGAAAAUAAAUAUAAUAAGAUAUAAAAUAAAAAAUAAACGUAAGAAUAAAAAUAGAAAAGUUUACUUAGGAUAUAAACAAAAUAUCUUUUAUAUCCACAAAAUCUUGAACAUUUUUUAAAAAAAUUCAUAAAUUCGUAAAAUAAAUUUAAUACUGAUACAAAAAUAAAAAAGUAUAUAGUUUCACUGUCUGAAUGAAAGACACAAUAUAAAAUAACUUGACAAGGAACACAAAAAUAUAAAUGAAUUUAAAUGACCAAAAAACAAAACAAAAAGUCAAAAGAUCUACCAAAACAAAAAGAGAACAUAGUUUCAUUAAAACAAUCUCAGCUGAAUAAAAGCAUCAAUUGCAGGAAUAAUGAUUCACAUAUAAUAUACUCCCUCCGUUUCAAAAUGAUACAUGUUUUAACUUUUUCACACAGAUUAAUAAAACACAUUAAAUUUCAAUAUUAAAUGCAUAAUUUUCUGUGAUUAUUUAUUUCAUAUAAUUUUAAACCAAUAAGAAUUCAGAAAAUGCAAUUAAUUUUCUUAAAGUUUACAAUUAGUCAUUAUUAGUUGGUAAAAAAAUGCAUUGGAAAUACAAAAAAUUGUAUCAUUUUGAAACAAACAAUUUCUCUAGAAUAUGUAUCUUUUUAAAACAGAGGGAGUAUAACAUACUCCCUCCAUUCCUUUAUACAUGACGUUAUGGAAUUCUCACACAAACUAAGGUAACAAAUGCUAAAGUCUAUUUUGUCCUUUGUUGUUAUUGUGUGUGUGCUCUUAUCAACAUUAUUCGGUCAAACUUACCAGAAUAUAUAAGGGUAAAUAAAGUCUUUGUCAUUAUAUUAUGCAUAGAUUUUAGGAAAGCGUCAAGUAAUUUGACAUACAAAAAAAAAAUUAAAGCGUCAUAUAUAGAUGAACGGAUGGAGUAUCAUUUAUAAUAAAUUUAAAUAAAUUAAUGUUAAACAAAAUAUUUAAUUGAGAUAAAUUUCUGCUUAAAAUGCUGCCCAACCACUAAUUUAAGAUAAAAUAAUUAUUAAUCAUAACUUUAAGGGAAAAACUGUGGGGCUAAAACAUGAAAUUAACUUCUCAUAAAUUGAGUAGACUACCUGAAUUGAUGAAUACAAUCCUACUUACGAAAGAGAGUCAACGUCUCAAUCCCAAUUGAAUAUAUUUAGAACACAUAUAUAUUUUGGAUAAUGACACUUGAAUGAUUGAGCUUAAUAUAUAUAUAUAUUGAAGGAACGAGGGAAAAAACCUAGGAAGAGACCAAGAGGAAAUGUGAGAAUCAAUCUUUCUGCUCAAGUAGAAGGAUCCAAUCACAUGUGAAAUCAAAACCUCUGUCUUACGCAGAGGGUUUCAGCUCUCGUGAUCAGUGUGUAAUAUGGAGAGUAAUAGAGAGCAAUGUGACAAAUGUCGUCUUCUUCUUUUUCUUUAGCAUUUCUUGGGAGUUUGAACAAACGCGUGCCCUAUCAAGCUGACACAACAAUUUACCAAAAAAAACAGAAAGAUACUUCGCAUACACCAAAGCCUACACUUAGUGAAAUAUUCUCUCUCUCUCUCUCUCUCUCUCUCUCUCUCUCUCUCUCUCUCUCUCUCUCUCUCUCUCUCUCUCUCUCUCUCUCUCUCUCUCUCUCUCUCUCUCUCUCUCUCUCUCUCUCUCUCUCUCUCUCUCUCUCUCUACAUUAUUUCUCUUCUCUCUUUUUGUUGGCUCGGCUUUUGAAGCACCCAACAUGGAUUCUCUUUGCUAGUCUAAAACCCAUCACUUUGUAUCACACCUAAACAAAAUUCAACACAAAAAAAAGUAAAAGAUAGUAGAUUCUGUUUUCAUAUUAUCUUCAACAUGGUUUUUUAUUUUUCUAACUACUUCGAGUGGUGUAUUAGAUUGUUAGUAUAUAAAUAUAUCAAGCAUAUAGUUAUUAUCCUCGCUUAUGAUAUAACAAAAGUAUAUCAUUUUCAUAGUUCGGUCGUCAUGACUCAUAACUAGGCUGAUGAUGAGCAAAUGAAAGUAUUAUAUCCAUGCCGGCAGAUUUUACAUAUCAGAAUUAGAUAUGCAGAUUAAAAAAUGGUUAUGUUGUGAAGAUUUAUUUCAAGAUGUUGAGAAUAUAAUUCGAAUAUGAUUGGUUAAGACGACAGUGGAUACCAAAAGAAAAUCAAGAAGACAGUCGACAAUGGAGAGAAAGCCAAUUAAAUGCAUAGUCAGUUUUGUAAAUGAUUUGUAUUUUGGGUGGAAAUUCGAUAAGUGGGCCGUUAAUGAGAAUAUGAGAUGAUAUGCAAGACCAUAUAAUAAUAACUUUAAUGUACAUUGAUGUGUCUUUAUGUAUUGGUAAUAAUUUUUUUGUUGGGGGUACGAACGAUCAGUCUAUCUAUCGAGUCUUUUGGAGUGUAUUGCAUGGGGGAAGAGAGAAUAAUCUCACUUUUGGUGAUUAUUAAUUAGCGAAAAUACUGAAGAAUUAAAAAAAGGUAACUUUUUGAGCUUCCCACUCUGUUUCGUCAUCAUUGCAGAUGAGGUGUGAAUGGGCCACUCAGUCAACUUUUGUUUCAUUCCCUUAUUAUUGUGUAGGGUUUCUAGUAGGAAUGUCUCUUUGCUUUUGUUCCUAUGAGUAUUUUAAUUCAAUAUAAAUAUGUAUAUGUAUUAUCACUAUAUCCAUUAAUUUGUUCUACAUUGACUGGGCGGAUCAAAUGCAAAUUCGUAUACUUUUGUUACAAAUGAAAAUCAUGAUCAGUCUUUUGAACUUAUUCUCGUCGAUCCUGCAAGUUUGACUUAAUCUAAUAAGGAACAUAUUAUGAUAAUAACACAUAUGACAACAUAACACUAAUAAGUAAGCAUGUUAACUAACCCAGUAGUGGACAAAUAGUCUCGUCUUAAUAAAGGAUUGGCCAUGUCAGACUUUGAAUGUAUAUUCAUCGCUUUCCUUCAUUGUUGAUAGACGUCUUAAGCGAUGGUAAUAUUAUUAAAAAAUAUACGUAUUAGAUUUUAGACAUCAGUUUAAGUCUUGGUUAUAAGAAAAAAAAUUAUAAUUUCCGUAUUUACAAACUAAAAUUUAGGCUGGGUUAAAAGGCCCAUUUGGAAGGCCUGUGUUAAUAUACGGUGGAGUUGGGAGACAUCGGAAACAAUUUUGCUACUAUCCUAUUUGGAUUGCUUUUAUUCGUUUUGGGAUUUUGGGUAAUGUAUGUAAGGAGAAAUAGUGUUUCAUGAUUUAUUCUUCCUAGACUAUAAUACAACCAAGAACCGGCAAAAUCUCAAUCAAUAUAGACGCGUUGGACAGUCAAAUAGCUAAAUCACUUACUUGGGCAUGUAAAGUGGAUGAAACGAGUGUUGGACAAUCAAAUAGCUAAAUCUACUUCCCAAGAGUUUGAUUAUAUGCUGUGAAAGUCAAAUUUUAUGGAGAAGAAUCCAGACAAGAUGAUAGUAAUAUAGUUUUUCUGUUUUAUAAUAUAAGAGCAUCCGCAUUGGAAAUCUUUUCAUAUAAAUUUCUCACCAAGAAGUAAUAAUAUGUAAUUAUAAAGUAUCUUAAAAGUCUGAAAAAUUCAAAUUCAAUUUUUUUCUGGGUAUGAGACUCAUGGUAAAAUACUCUAGAUGUAGAUGGCCUAAAUUGUUUUAUAAGUAUUUUUGUUUCAAAACAUAAAUUAAUUUAUAUUUAUUGAAUAGUGUGUGAUCAGUUUUAUAAUUGGCUAUACUGAAUUUAAUAUAUUUAUUAAUUAAUUUUUCAGAAAGUAAUAAUUUUUUGUAAAAAAACAAGGAAUUUUAACUAAACAACUUAAUAUGAAACACAUGAAAGGGAGGGAAUACAUCAAACCCAUAUUUUUCUCUCACUUCACUCAGGUUCUGGUUGAUUCUACUUGAAUAUAAUACCAUUAUUAUCUUACGGAAACAUAAAUGGAGAAAGACCAUGAAAUGAUAUGCUAUGGCUACUACUACACUAAGGAAAUCAAAUACUAAUUUAUGUAUUUUUACAAUUCUGAGUAUGCAGGAAAUACUUAAGAAAAUACAAAGAGCUAAGCAUAAGCUUUCAGCAUUUCUAAAGAGUAUAAAACCAAAAAAUAAAAAAAACAUAUCUGAGAUUCAGAUCAACUCUGAGAUUCCAACUUCAAUCAAAUAUAAGAUGACAGGUACUUGACAACACUCAUUGACUAUCACAAGUUUCUCGUCAGCGUAUUAUGAAUUAGAGGUGAUAGUUAACUUUACUAAACUGUUUGCGCUUUUAAGAUGAAUGCCACAAAUUUCUUAAGGUGAUAUUCGAUCUGUCCUUCAAAAGAUCUAAGAACUCGAUAAUAUACAUUCAGGAACGGACUUGGGCGGGCACAUUAGGAAAUGAAUUAUACAUGUGGUUCCAGGCCUGCUCCAAAGUUUCUAAAAUAUUUUGAUACUAGGUGUUUGCUUAUAUUAUACGAAGAAAAAUAUAUUAUGUUGACAUUGUUAUAAUUUUUGAAAAAUAAUUUAAAUUUUAAAUUUUAAAUUUCAAAUAGUUGGAUAAUCAAAAAUUUCAGUAUAUAUUUUUAAAAGAUCUGUGAGAUUUAAAAUAGUUCAACAACGUAAACCUUAGUCAUUACAAAUAUUUUUCUUACAUUAAAGCAAUAUUAUGAUUAAUUCAGAUAAUUGGUUGUAAAAUUACUUUAUAUUUUAUUUUAACACUUGAAAAAACCGAAAAUUCUCUAAUUUUCAAAAAAUAAAAAAGAGAGUUUUUUUUUUGUGUAGAACCAAAUGCUUUUAUCAUAAAGAUAUUUUGCAAAUGUUUUUGUGUAGAUUUUAGAAAACAUAAAAAAUUCUAAUAAUUCUUUACCUACAAAUCUAAUUCUUUUAUAUAAGAAUAUAUAACCAUUAAAUUUAUUUCAAUAAAAAAAGUUGAAGUAUUUUAUUUAAUUAUAUAUAAAUAAUUGAUAAAGAAAAAAAAAUUGAUAAAACAUAUAUAUUAUUUCUCCAGUUCUACAAUUAGUUAUCAUAAAUCAUUAUUUGUAAUAUUACUUGUGUUAUUUAGUAAUUUAUAUUGAUUAGUUAUAUAAUUACCUUUAAUUUUUAGAUCUUAUUAAAAUAAAUAACUAAUAAACCUCAACAACCAAUCAAAUUAUAACUAUUUUUUAAAACUUAACCUAUCAACUAUACAUAAGAAAAAAAUCUAAGAACUCGAUAACAUACAUUCAGGAACGGACUUGGCCCUUGAGCGGGCACAUUAGGAAAUGAAUUAUAUAGUGUAUGCCGUGUUCGAAAACGCGCCGGAUUGCCCGCGUAAUCGGCCGGGUUUUUGCUGCUCGUGUGCUCACCGUGGCGAAAUGGAGCAGAUUGGCGUGCUUAGGCGGUGGAGCGAGUUUUUCCUAGUUAAUGGCGAAAUCCAAAAAAAUCGGCGCAUAAUAACUUAAAUCUGUGUAGUUUCAGUCCGAAAACAUGUUAAGUACUCACCUGAAUCUUUGAAAUCGAUAGUUAGUCUGGUUUUUCUGGCUAUAGAAAACAUGAAAAAUGAAAGACAUCGUGAAAAAUGGUGUGCCGGCGGCAGUUAGGGUUGCAGAAACAGAUUAAAGAGAUGGGGGCAAAAUCGUAAUUUUUGUUUAAUGAAAAAAAUGCGAAAAACAUAAGUUUCAGGAAUUGAACCCGGGUCUAACGCAUAAGUGGUGAAGAUCUUAACCACUAUACUACAAGAACAAUUUGAUUUUCCUACCAAAACAAAGAUAUAUUAGUAAAAUGCUUUAAAAUUACUCUCCGAAUAAUUCCCGUUUAAUCUUUAAUUUUUUAGUAAAUCGCUAGGCGUAGACCGACCGCCCGACUCACGGCUAGCGUAUUCUCGAACAUGUAUGUGGUUGCAGGCCUGUUCCGAAGUUUCUAAAAUAUUUUGAUAUUGGAUUGGGUAUCGGUUGAAAACACAGUGAACAAGCCCAUUACUUUUUAUUGGCAUACCCGAAACUUAAAUUGAGUCCUGGAAUAAGCUAUACUCGUACAUCGUCCGUUAUGGCCGUAUGAUACGCGAGUAUGCUUCGUUACUGCCUUAUUGGUCACAAAUUCAAUUUGGAGUAAUAAUUUUCGAUGCUCUGUCGUCUAGCGAAGACUUUAUAUGUACAAAACCCUAGAAGAAAAACAUGUAUAUACAUGUAUAUAUACUAGGCUUUACUAGCCAUGUGUUAUUUUGUCCUUUACCAUUGUCCAUUAUUUGAUCUUUACUUGUCGACAUUAUGAGUUCGUACUUCGUCAAUAAGUCCAAGUUGUAAACAACAUAUGGGGUCACAAAACAAUGAGAUGGUAAAAUUUUAUACUUCAUAAAUUAUGAGAUAUGAUGAGAACAAAAAAAGGGUAGACAAUUAGAAAAUUCAUUAUAAAUUUUAAUCUUAGAACAACUAAACUAAACGUAUAUAUGUGUUCUUUUAUGAUCUCGUCGCUUCCAUACAUACUCGCAAAACUCGAGCAUCUCUUAGCUCAUACUUCGGAUGAUACAGUAUAGAAAAAUGAAACUCAUAAUACACUUGUAGGUUUGCUGGUCUAUAGAAAAAAUCAAAGAAGCAAAAGUUUUCGACUUUCAUAAAUAUAUAUUAGUUUCGGACAUCAAUAUACAAAGUAUCAUUUAGUUUAGUGAUAUAAAUGUUGGUGUUUAUAUCUCAAUAACCUGGGUUCGAGCCUCAAGCUUGACACUUUUAACACUUUUUAAGAAUAGGACCCACCAAAAUGCGGACGUGUUGUCUCAAGAAAGAGUGAACUGUACUAUUAUAUUAAUCAAUGUAUAAAGUAUCCUUUAGCUUAGUGGCAUAAAUGUUGGUAUUUAUAUCUCAAUAACCUGGGUUCAAGCCACAAUGUCACCUCAGAAAGGAGGGAACUGUACUAUUAUAUUAUAUAGAUUACACUAGGGGCAUUGCCUCCGCGAUUACGCGGAGUUGUAGACAGAGUUCUUGUUUCAUCUCAAUAUUUGUUAGGGUUAUUGUAACUGUGAAUUUUGCAUUUUGGGUUGAUCAUUGUUUCUCAAGUUUUUUUUUUUUACAGUAAGAAAUUUACAGACUAAUGUUAACUCUGUAAACCAUAUUGGUAACUCCGCAUCCAUGUGAACGACAAAGGACAGUUUUUUUAUUGUUAUAGAAUUAGAGUUGUGAUGAUGAACUGUGUAUGCACUGUUCUCCACUCAUGAAAGACUAGAUUGUGUUAGUAAUGUGAUUGAUAUAGUUUGUGAUGUUGAUUUCUGUGUCAAUGAGACAUUGUUUGUUUGUCUUUUUAAUUUGUUACUUGUACUGUGGAGAUUACAUAAAUUAUAUUAAGGUUGUUGAGAGUACCUUUUGUUUCUGGAUAUUUUUUCUCCAGUUUAAUUGUGUAAGUUGUGUGUCUUAAGUAAUGAUUUUUUUUAUUCUUAUUAUAUUGGUUAUAUUUUUUUAAAAACUUGUUGUUUUUACUGAACCUUCAAAACAAAUACAUAAAGAUUUGUAGAAAUAACUAUAAAAUGAGUGAAAAUUAGUAUUUGGACCUUAAACGAAUAUAUGUAUUUCUCAUAAGAAGACAAUAGUAUUGACCUGUUGACAUUAAGCAUGUAAGCUAUUUUCAUAAGACAAGAGCAGUAAGAAGGUGGAGAUGUUGUUACCGCCUUUGUAUCUGUAGGGAUUGUCUCUUGUAUCUCCUGGUGUGGUUGUAGUUGUUUCUUUUUUAUUUGAUGAGUGAUAUAUAAACAAAAAUAAUUGUUAGUUGUAUUUAUCAGAGUUUGUAACUUACUAUGUUUUUUUGUUUAGGUAAUUUCAUUGAUCUUGGUUGUCGUCUUCGUCUUCCUCGUAAGCAUCUGCGAAAGUAAGUUUGUAAAUUGUUAAAUAUCUGGUCGUGUAGAUAUUGUGGGUUUUUUUAAGCUGUAAAAUAAAGAUAUGUGUAAAAUUAGAUUGAUAAGUAAGAGAGAUAAAUAGAUGAUCACAAAUCUUGGGUAGAAAAUAUUUUUGAUUAUUGAUAUUAGCACAAUAUAGACAGUAAUAUAAAGAGAACUAUGUGUUGAUUGUUUUUUACGGAUCAAUGAGGAGACAGAUAACGACUCGAAUUGUUUCUUUGGUGAAGUAAGAGCCCUGGACAAAACGGAUUUGCCCAACCACAUCUGCGAGUUUAAAUAUCAGUUAUGGUAUCGAAACAUAAUAUAAACCCAGAUGCAAUAUGAUAAUAUACCUGGGAGUUCUAGGUUUGUGUUCGCAAUCACUUGGAGAUUUCGAACGGUCUAAUCUUGACUGGAGAUUGAUCUUAGGAGCACCUGUGAUGACUUUAUCAAUAAUGGUUAGUGAGAUGAAAUGAACGAGGAAUGAAUGAUCAGUUAUCUUGUACAUGCUUGAGCAUAUAGCAAACUUAAAACAAUCGACUUUCACAAUGGAAUCUGUUUUCAAAGAUGGCAUGUAAUGAUUAGCACGUCCGACGGGAGUAAACCCAUGAAUCAUGGAAUCUGCAAAUGAUAUUACUCAACAAAGAAUUAGGAAAUCAAUUAAAACAAUUAUGUUAAAUAAGUGUGAUAGAUCGAAGAUUAACUUACAUUUUCAUCAAGGAGGAGAACUGUGAUUCCCACAAACUCCAUGUCUUUUUUGAAGUUCAGGGAAUCCCAGAAGUGGAGGAAGCCAGAGGCUAUGCUCUGACUACUACGACUAAGACGGUGAGACUCGAAUGUUGAGUGACGGACGCUGGGACGUCGGUUUGAGGAACUGGAGAGGCAGAGAGAAACAUUUUCUUGAAGAUGGUUAAAGCUAAGAUGAAUCAAUGAGUUUUGUAGAGAUGCAUAUUGGGUUCAUCAAAGAUGAGAAUCAUAUAUAUAUAUAUAUAUAUAUAUAUAUAUAUAUAUAUAUAUAUAUAUAUAUAGGGUUUACAGAGGGGUUACAAAUCAGGAACAUUUAUGAAGAGUUCACCGGUGAAAAAAUAGAUUACGAACAGACACACGGUGCAACUCUGUAACUCAGACUUGUUUGAGACAAUGAUGAAAAAAACCCAAACUCAUGUCAAACGAUAAUAAUUUACAAUAUGAAAAAACUAUAAUUGUUGCAAACUUAGGCUAUUUUCAUAUAAUGUGAUGAAUCUCAUUCAAAAAUGAAAACUCAUAGUACACUUGUAGGCCCGAUCUUCAGAGGAAACCGAAGAAGCAAGGACUUCCGACCUUCAUAAAUAUAUAUUAGGUUUGGUCAUCAAUGUACAAAGUAUCAUUUAGCUUAGUAGUAUAAAUAUUGGUAUUUAAAUCUCAAUAACCCGGAUUCGUACCAUGAGCUUGAAACUUUUUCACACUUUUUAAAAGUGGGAUCCACAAAACGUUGACGUGUCGUGCUGAGUAGUGAGAAAAACUCAACUAUUAUAAUAUAAAUUUCAGAUUUUGGUUCGUAGUUUAUUGUUAGUCUAAAACCAGUUCUAAAACCGGAACAGCAAAAUGAUGAGGUGAUAUUAAUGUGAAAGAAAAUUGAUGAUGUGUGAAUCUUUCUGAAGUUUUCAACUAAAGGCAGCCACUCUCGUAACAUAGGCGAUGAAAUCAAAGUAAAAGCUAACUGAGAGUCCGAGAACAUUGUUGUCUUGUAAGCUGGUGGGGUUGUACGUUAGACUAAAUAUGCAUUACUACAUUAAAACCCUAUUUAAUGUAAUUGUCUUAGCAUUACGAACACAGGAGCCCCGCCAUUAACGUAAUCAUUUUUGCUUCUACCUUUUGUUUGCUCUUUAAUGUACACUUUUAGCUUACAUUUUUUUCCUUUUGAUUUCACUUGUACUCUGUUUAUCCAGCACGCACGGGUGGUUUCCACAUUUAAAUCGUUGCAGUAUGUAGUAAUUUUGACUCAACAAAGAAAAAUUGUAUUAUUGUUGACUUGUUUAACAAAAAAAAGUCAAGUUAGCUCUCUUAUAUUUAUAGCUGCUAUAGAAAAAAACAUGUGAACAUGUCUCGUAUUAUCAAAACUGGUUUUAGACUAACAAUAAACUACGAACCAAAAUCUGAAAUGUAAUAUAGUUAAUUCAAAUAUUAUAUAUAAUAUACAUUAUGACUGUUUAAUUAUCUGAUUUAUCUGUAAAUUUAUGUUUUUUUUGCUGGCCAACUUUCGAAACUUUAGGUUUGGAAACUGAUCUGUGACAAGAAAAAGGGUUUGGAAACUGACUAAGAAAAAGAACAGAGUUUUGGUGAAAACGCUAUUGUACAUGUAGCCAUGGGCAUUUGGUUCGGUUUUGGGUAGAAACCAUUCGGUUCUAGGUAUAUCGGAUAAAUCAUCCUUAUACAUAAUAGAUAUUUACGAUAUUUGGGUUCGGUUUCAGUCCGGUCUUGGUUCGAUUUCAAAUACCCGUUUAAUGUAUGAAUCAAUAUAUAUAUACAAAAUAUAUUAGUUAACAUAUUAAUAUAAGCGGUCUAAUGGUUACACACUUGUAUAUUCAUCGGUCUAAUCAGAAUUCCAAUCACUAAAUUAGUACUUUUAUAAGUAUUUACUGUACUCUAAUAUAAAAAUAUUAUAUCUAUAUGUAUAAUAUAAGAGUGAAUGUAAAAGAUAACGUGGACUGAUGUAACAAUGUUUUCACUCUUCUUGUCCAACUCGGAUUUGUGUGGAGCUAUGACAUUUUAUCUUAUAUUAAAAAACUGAAAUUUAUUUUUUUGGAUAUUUGGAUAUCCAUUCGGUUUUCGGUUAAGUUCUGUUUUUUUUGCCCAGAGCUAUGUACAUGCAUUCGAGUAAAUCAAAAUUACUCAAAGAAAGGAUUAAUUAAAUGUCAAGAAUAAAGUAUAUCCUUUUCUUAGCUAAUUUUUACUCAAUUUGUCAAUUACUUUUCUUCAGAAAUAAAUGACCACAAUCUGACACAUAACUGAGUCAGCAAAUGUAUCAUUGUAGUAAAACAGUAAAUAUAUAGACUAACGCAGUAACAACUAAAAUAGAGUAAAGUAAUUAAACGGCUACAAAAGCAAAGCCGGUUUUUCCUCCUCUUUUCUUUAUAAAGUCCUGUUCAUGCACUAACCAGAAACCCCAUCGAUCUUUGAGACAUUGAAAGUAUACUUCAAAUUUACUUCAAAAGAAAAACUCAAGAAGUUUUUGAGAAACAGAGCACAGAUAUUUCUCAGAUCAACCAAACAAAAAUCUACAAAGACUAGAAGCUCCCUAAGAAAGAAGAAAGAGAGAAGAAUCAGAUCUGAGGAUAAACACAAUGUGUCUGCUGUGUUUAUGCGAUGAAGAAGAGACAGAGUUAGGGAGACAACAAGCACCUGGAUCAUGUCCGUAUUGUGGAGGUAAAGUGCAGAUGCUUGAUGUCGAAAGAAAAUGGAUGUUUUGUUUCGUUCCUCUUUGUUUCAAGAUCAAGAGGAAGUAUCUUUGUUCUUCUUGCGAUCGUCGUCUCGUUUUGUAUCAUUAAAAUAAAAUAUAUUAUUGAUUGUUUUAAUGAUAAUUAAAGUCCAUUAAUUAGCGUUUUAAUCAAGAAAACUAGAUUUUGAUCCGCGCUUAGAAAGCGCGGAUUUAUUUUUAUAAUUAAAUCCCUUUUAUUUUGUAUAAAUUUUUAUAUAAGAUAGUGUAUAAAAAUGAAAAAAAACAAACCGAGCCAUACGGAAUCAAAAAACCAUAACAAAAAUUGAACCAAAUCUCAUAAAUAACCAAGUGAAACCCAUAUAUGUGAAACCAAAAAAAUGAUACUGAACCGAAAAUCGAAUGGAUGUCCAACAAUAAGUACAAAUUAUCUACCUACAAAUAUUAAUUAUAUUUAAUUUCUAAAUAACCAAAUAUCGCAAAAAUACUAUUUAUAAACCGAAUAACCAAAAAUUAAUUACCCAGAUUUUUAAUAUGAAAUAAUAAUAAAAAUUAAAUUAUUUAAUAUUUUUAUUCGAACAAUCCGAAUUACUCAUAUUUAAGCUGAAAACCUAUAAUUAUCUGAAUUUUUCCUAUAAAUCUGAAAUAACCCAAAAACAAUGAUCAAACCGGAACCAAAUGUAUUGGACCAGUAUUUCUUUGAAUAUUAGUUGGUCUCAAACUUUGCUACUCAAACUGAACAAAAUAGUGAUUAUUGUUUUAUAUUUAACAUAUGUAUAUUAGUUGUGUCAUAGCUGACGAUGCAUAUUCAUAUAAAAUGAUGAUUAUGAUUUCUUUAGGAUGUUAGUUCAAACCGAUGUAUAAAUUAUUAUAAUAUGGGGCUAGUCUAAAUGAUAUAAUUGAUACAUAAAUCACGAGAAAAAAACAUUUCAGUUAAUAGAAUUUAUCAGCUAAGAAAAUGGUCUAUGAAUGUGUAGUCGAUUAACUUAUCCUACGGGAUACGACAUCAAAAUAAAAAUAAAUAUGAUUACUAAAAGUUGGAAGUCAUUUAUUGUCUUAUCACAUUUUCGAUUUUGUUUACGUAAGUUUCCGGAAUAUUAGUAACUAACUUUGGUUGAUCUAUAGUAAUAGGGUUAAGUUAUUAAUAUUGGUCGCAUAUAAUAGGUCAAAUCUAAUUAAUAGGUGCAACAACUUUUUUAAGUAGAUUUCUCAAGACUGCUUCCCUUUUAAUAGAAUAGAUAUUCUUAGUAUUAUCGAUGUCAUGCAAGACACUGGUCUUUUAUAAGUUAGAACUCUUUUGAUAUAAUGUACUUUUUUCGAGUGUCUUCUUACGCCGGUCCAAAGUUAAUAUUUAUGUGAUGGUUAUUUUAAAAUCUAAUGACGAAUCUCAAGUUUGGUGGGGUGUAAGUGUAACUAGUUGUGGCAAUUUCUUUCUUUAUAUCUAUCAUCAAGGAUCAAAUGUUCGGAUCGUCACUGUAUAUUAUAUAUGGUCUCUAGUCUCUACGAUCUUUGCAAUUCCAUUUUUAUUUUCAGCAGUGUAAUUCAUAGAAAUAACAAAUAAUUUUGCAUGCAAGUACGAGUGUCAAACCGGCCUGAUCUCAAUUCGAUAAAGUUUUUGGAUCGGUCCAGUUAGUUUUUAUCGCCUGAAAAGUACAAAUCAAGAUAAGAUAAAACAAGAUCGAUCAGCAAACACAGACUUAAAUUUGAAUUUGACUUAAGUUUAUAUUAUGGUGUUCUGGUAGUGGUAGGCUGGUAGCUAUAUUCGUUAUGUUAACAGGUUAUUAUCUCAAACAAUUCAUCAUUUGCACAUCAAUUUGUUCAAUGAUCAUUUAUAGCAUCAGCUAAUUUGAACAAAUAUACUUAGCAUUAAACAUUUGUAAUAUAAACGUCAGAAUGUAAAUUUGUAAUGAUGGUAAAUGUUUGACAUUACUCGAACGUACCAGCAAUGUUUUACUGUAAAAUAUGCUAAUGAAACCUUUAAUUUAAAGUGAUAUCAUUCAAUCAAAGCUUUAAUUUAAAGCUAAACCAAAUUUUAGCCAAAAAAAAAAACCUUUAAUUUAAAGUGAUAUCAUUCAAUCAAAGCUAAAUAUUCCAGCCCAGGCAAAGUCGGGCAUAACUAAAUGUCUAGUCGAAUGGAUUCCUUGUUCUCUUUUUUUUUUGGAAUCCUUGUUCUUAAGUGAAUGGUUGGAAUGCCUAGUUUUUCUUCAAAAAAAAGGCCUAGUUUUAAAUACUAAAUAUUUAAACCAAUUAAACAGUAUACAAUACCGAUCAUGGACAAAGUUUUGAACUUCUAAGAUCAUCUCCAAAAAGAAUUUUUAUUUUGAAGGUCUUAAAAUUCUAUAUUUAAAAUUUCAAGGUAUUUUUCUAAAAACAAAACUUAAAUUUUAAUUUCAAAGUUACUUGUAUUUACACUAUGAUUUUUAUAUUUAUCAUAAUUAAUGUAAGUCUACACAACUUUUAUAAAUAGCUAGCACAUAUAUAAAAAUAUUAUAGAAAUAUUAAUUAAUAAGAUGUUAUACUAAAAUAUAAAAUUAGAAAUCAAAAUACAUAAUUAAAUAUUAAACUACAAAAAAAAUACCACAUUAUUCCAUAAAAUUAUUUUUAAAAUGUUCUUUCUUCGAUUACACAAAAUUUGUUUGGACAAUAUUUUGGAACAAUAAUUUGGAGAUUUUGGAUGUUCCAGAACCAAUUUACCAGACUAUUAAUGUUGUUGUAAUAUUUAAUUUUGUAUAAUAAUUAUUUUUUCAUGUAUCUUUUAAAAAAGUUUUCUUAUUCAGUUUCUUUUGUAAUAUUUUUAUUGUCUAAUUUUAGUUUUAAAAUAUUCUAAAUUUUAUGUAUUUUUUAUUUAGUUUUAUGUGUAAAAAUUGAAUUUAUAAAAAAAUUGAAAUUUAUGUGAUAUAAAAAUUUUAAGGAUUAAAAUGAUAAACGAAAAAUACUUAAGAAUAAUAAAUGUAAUGUGUAAUUAAUUGUAAGGACCACAUUGCAAAUAAAAAGAUGAAAUUUCAAAUUUGAAACUUUGAGUAGUGAAACUUCGAAUAUAAAGUUUCAUUUCUCGAAACACUAAAUUUAAAAUUUAAUUUUUGGAGAG